AUCAACAAUACACGAGUUCAAGCUCAGAGAGCGUGAGAGAGGAGUAGUAACAGCGAGUGAGAGUAUGGCAUACUAUCCGUUCUACCCAGCGAGGAUGAGGGAUUUUCGCGUCAGUUCUUUGCUUGAAGGCUGCUCACAAUUCAUCCCUGGCGUGCCAGGAAGUAGCUCGUCGAUUUCGAACAAUUUAAACUCGAACGGUCCGUUUUCAUAUUCUCCGUACCAUCCACCGCAAAUAGCAAAACAACCUUCUCACUUCGGCCCAAGUGCUAUUCCUGGUCCUCCGCAACAAGUUCAUAUGCCAGUUCACGAUUCGGAACAUGAGAGUAUCGAUGUCAACUUAGAAAAUAAGGAUCUAUGGCAGAGUUUUUACGAGGAGAAAACAGAAAUGGUUAUAACCAAAGCAGGAAGGCGUAUGUUUCCGCCAGUGAAGGUGCGCGUGACUGGCCUGGACCCUCGGGCAAAAUAUUUCUUUCUCAUGGACAUUGUCCCCGCAGAUGACUGCCGAUACAAGUUCCACAAUUGUCGCUGGAUGGUGGCUGGCAAAGCCGACCCUGAGAUGCCUAAACCUCUCUACAUGCAUCCGGAUUCACCAAGUACUGGAGCGCAAUGGAUGCAGAAAACCAUUUCAUUUCACAAGAUGAAAUUGACGAACAACAUCGCAGACAAAUACGGCUAUACAAUCCUAAACUCGAUGCACAAAUACCAACCAAGAAUCCAUGUUGUAAGAGCGGAUGAUACUUACAAACAUCCCUACAGCAAUUUUAAGACUUUUUCAUUUCCUGAGACGGCAUUUAUCGGAGUGACGGCUUAUCAAAAUGAGAAGAUAACCAAGUUGAAAAUCGACAACAACCCUUUUGCGAAAGGUUUCCGAGAACACGGAGCAGGUCAUCGAAGGCGUUUGGAGCGAAGGCAACGCAGCAACCCAGAUCAUUCCCUAAACGAAGAAGACGAUGUUAAUAACAGCGACGAGGACGAAGAUAGCAAAGAACCCGACGUUCCUGGUUCUUCAAACGAAAUUCACACCGGUUCACCAGUUGAUGGUAGCCCCUUGUCAGGUAUCCCAUCAUCCACUGAGGACAUAAAACCUGUGAUUCAAGUCGACAAGGGUCGUACCUGCUCUAACACCCUGACCCAUUCUCCCUCUCCGGUACCAAAGGCACUACCUGCGCCGGAGAUCCUAACACAAAGUCAACAGUAUAGCGACUUUUCCCGACCAUCCAGCUUGCACAUCUCUGAAGACACCAAACCUGUAAUUUUGCCGACAAAUUCAAGCGAGAGUGUAUCUUGCUCGGCCUCGCCCCAUCUAAAAAUACAGAGCACGCGCUCGAUGCAUAUGGACAUGCGAUACAGUCCAUACCCCAGACCUCCUUAUUCAAUGAGUGGAAUGCCCUCCAGUUUCCUUUCACAGCACGCACACGGCCAUAUGUACCCGUCGUAUAGUGUGCCACAAGUUGCUACUUACCCAUCGUGUCAAGUGGGGCAGUCUUACCCACCCUGCACGGUAAACCAGCAAAGUUUCGGCUACCCGGCCUCGGUGUCCUCAAACAACAUGCUUGGACUGGGAAGCAGCACCGCAAGUUCGGACCUUACAUCGACAAUGGACUUACAUGGAUCAGCGGACAGGACGCCCGUAAUGGAACACAGAACGACGUAAACACAGACAAAAUUCCUCGCAGAAGAUGCUCUAUAUAUGAUAAGGUGAUCAUCGCUACUUAAAAAGAUUGCAUUAACGCAAUAAGAACCUUGUUCUACUUAAGUAAUUCAAGAGACGUUUAUUUAGAAAUAUUAUUACAUGAAGUCCCCUUUUGUUCUACAAAUGAAUACCCAUCAGACGGACGUUUCAAUUCCUAAGUUAUUUUUUGUGUACUUGACCAUAUAAAUAUGUGUAAAAUUGACUUGGUAGUACUCCAGGGUCAUCCAUAAUCUCUGAGUUACACAGCACGUAUUUCUUGUGCACUGUUUUGAUACCAUAAAGAAAAGAAAUAACUCGUAUAACGACGAUGGCUCAGGAGAACGUACCACUCACAAAAUCGACUCAAUAUUUCCGGAGAGCGCUAUAAAAGGACACCUAUAUCAGAAGUGUUUAUGUCGAAUUCCUACCACUUGUUCUUCUUAUAUUUAUAACAAAAAUUGCAGCCGUUACCGUGGAGACGGCGAGCCUGCUGAACAGCUGAGUUAGGAGUUGCGGAACCUUUUUAGGAGGUUUUCAGCGAAGUGACUAGAUUUUUGGGAGAGGGA